AUGCCGCUGUACGCCACGCACGGGUUCGAGGACGUGACGGAGCACAUCGACAUUCUCGUCAUCCCCGGUGGAUCUCCCGGUCGGUUGGUGAUGCAGCAGCACGACGCCUUCAUGAAGUUCCUCAAGAGAGUCACCGAGGGCGCGACGUACGUGCUGACGGCCCAUCCGACCGUCAACUGGGUGCACAAGGCGCGCUGGGUGAGGGAUGGCUACAUCUGGACGAGCUCCGGGGUGACGGCCGGGAUGGAUAUGGCGCACGCGUUCAUGGCGGCGGUUUACGGCGAGGACGUGGCUGUCACCAUGGCGCGCUACAUGGAGAACGUGCCGAACACGGACGCUAACGACGACCCCUUCGCUACGGUGUGAGCGGAGUGCCUGGGUGUGAGUUCGGUUUUGUUUCCGAGUGCUGGACAGGGAUGGCGCAGCGACUUUGUUGCAGAAAUAGCUGGGAGCAGCAAGCAACAUUCUGGGUAGCCUUCACUUUUAUUUGCCGUCUGACCAUUGAGGGUGCGCUUCUGUUCGUCUCCCCGAGUUUUAGGAGCCAUGCUUCGUUAAAUUUGC